AUGUCUCUCAAUUGGGUAAUGCUUGAUCAAGAGGGCUUCGUCCGCCUCCCAAAUGAACGUAUCGUCUACUCGUCACCUCCCCGCACCGCCGUGUCCUUGACCCCACCAUCGGGAUACAAAGGCGGAGAGAGCCUAUCCGUCCAAAGCAGCGCCGGUUGCAUUCACCUCACUAAUCAGCGAGUGGUAUAUCUACCAGCGGCCAGAACCAAUGACUUCCAGUCCUUUUCCUCUCCGCUAUUGAAUGUCCGAGACUCCCAUGUGUCGGCCCCUUUCUUCGGCCCCAAUGUGUGGACCGCCCUGGUGCAACCUGUCUCCGGGGGUGGCAUCUCGGCAUCGCUCCCUGCAGUGCAGAUGAAAGUGACCUUCAAGGAAGGCGGGGCCUUUGACUUCCACACCAAUUUCGAGCGCAUCAAAGAGCGAAUGCAAGAGGCUGUCGAGAACACUGAUCAAGGCACUCGUGGGCAACAGACGGUAGAUCUCUCAUCUGUUCAUUUGGAAGACUUGCCUGCAUAUGAUGCACCGCCCAAUGCCAACCAAAAUGUCACAUCCAGCGAGCCAACGGAGGAACCUCCAUCCGCCCGACCCUCUGAUGCGAGCGCUGAACCGGUGGAGCCUCCUCCCUGCUAUGAGGAAGUUCAGUCGCAGAGCGUAGCGCAUGAACUAGAGGAAAGGCUGCGACGAGCCAGUUGA